AUCCAGCAAAAGGGAAGAAGAGAGAAAUUCGUUCGAAUCAAGGAGAUGGCGAGGCCGAAAGUUAGGGCAUAUAAAUUCAUCGUCGUCUUGAUUUCGUUACAAUUGAUGAUUCGAGUCUUCGCAAUUUCAGAGGUCCAGCAUUCAGAAGAGCACACUAAUGAAGUUCAUUGUUCCAGAGAAAGAAGUAGGGCUGCAUACAAAAUUAUUGAGGAGUAUUUGAUUCCAUUCGUGGAACGAGAAAAAUUUCGGAUGUCACAUAGGUGUAAACUUCAUCAUAGCAAUGACAUUUUUAGAGAGCAAGAGGAGCACAAGAUUCAUGUGGACGUGAAUGAAUGGCGUUGUGGAUACUGUAAGAAAAGCUUUCGAGCAGAGAAAUUUCUUGAUCAACAUUUUGACAACAGGCACUACAAUCUUCUAAAUGUUAGUGGCAGCAAUUGCUUGGCAGAGCUAUGUGGAGCAUUGCACUGUGAUCAUGCAACGAAUUCUGUUGUUCCCAAAACAAAGUGCAAUCCUGCAGCUGCAGCAAGAAACCGCCACUUAUGUGAGAGCCUUGCAGACAGCUGUUUUCCUGUUCAUCAAGGUCCAUCAGCAAGCCGACUUCAUGAACUGUUUUUGCGCCAGUUCUGUGAUGCCCACACUUGUUCGGGCAACGUCAAACCUUUUCCUAGGGGAGGAAGGAAGCAUACCAACAUUUUCUACUUGGCUUCAUCAAUCUUGAUUCUGAUGCUGCUCCCUCUCUUCUAUCUCAUAGUAUUUUUGUACCAAAGAGAAAUGAGAAAGGGGACACAGGUACUAAGACGCAUCUCAAAACCGAGUCUAAAGAAAAAGCCAUCUUAGUUGGUGAAGCUCGUGGAUCAUAUGGCAUCGUUCAGAAAGAUUAGUGACGUGCCAUUGUAGAAUUAUCUUGUGAUACACUUUCAUUUCGAGUACUGCAUCAAUUUCGUGAGAGCAUUCAAUUCUUGAAGAUUUGUACCAUUAGACAACUGUCGGAAAUUACAGGUGUGCCCCUAUUUUUCGAAAUCUUAGCUCUCGUAUCUUGUAUUACUAACUAGGAUGUGAAAUAUCACCAACCAUUUGAUCUCAUCUUUAGCAUUGCAUUCCAUAUACUCCCAAAAUUGUUUACUGUUAGAAAGGCAGACCUUAUUCCGGGG